AUGCUUCCUCUGGAAGGCUGUAGACUCAGCCUUCUUCUUUGUUUUAUGUUAUCUGAACCUGAACCGACUGAACCAGUUCCAGACCUUGUGAAUCUGACUAUUCCUGCCUCUGCUGAUGGCGAACUGCUGCAGCUCGCUAUUGAACGCAGUCUGGACGAGGGCCACCAAUCUGAUGCCACCGUGCUGCCAGACGCUCCACCCACUCGCGACAUCCAGCCUAUCAGGGCGGCCCGCAAUGCUCAGCACCAGAACGCUCCUGCUGUCAGAAGAAACUCCACUUCCCAGAAUCCACCUGUGCCAGAAGUUGCCCACUACAGCUCGCACAACCCACCCAGUGAGAAGCCCCCUGACCCGAAGACGUUUGAAGGGACAAUUAGCCACUUCAUCUCGGCAGCAGGUAAGAGGAUGGUGACCUACCGCAGGGUGGACGACACCAUCGCCUACAUUGGUCCGGAGCCCAACCAAGAUGAGGAGCCUAUCUUCAUGGCAAUCCGUGAGGGUGACGCUGCUCAAGUGAAAAACUUGGCUUUCCAACCAGGGACCAAUUUGAUGCAGCCCAGUAAACCUGGCUGGCUGCCCAUCCAUCAGGCUGCAUGGUACAAACAGACGGAAUGCCUCAGAGCUCUCGUCUCAGUCCAGCAUGGGAUGCUGAAUAAGCAAUCUGCUCGUGGGGAGACUGCUCUGCUGGUGGCAGUGCAGAGAGACAGUCUGGACUGUGCCCUGGUGCUGCUGGAGAACGGAGCCAAUCCAGACAUUCCCAACUUCGACAAGGAGACACCCCUCUUCAAAGCCUGUGAAUUCCAUAACGCCGCCAUGGUGGCUGCUAUAUUGAACCAUGGAGCAGCAGUGAACAAGCACUGCAUCCAGGGCUGUACCGCUCUACAGGAGGCGACGGUCCACAACGAUGUGGAGAUAUUCCAGAUGUUGAUCUCGGCUGGAGCCAAAAUCAACACACCAAACAUGUUUGGCAUCACACCCCUGUUUUCCGCAGCUCAGAAUGGCUGCAUGGACACUCUGCGCUUAGUCAUCAAACACGGUGGGGACAUCAACACGCAGGCGACUGAUGGGAAUACAGCGUUGUACGAAGCAGUUAAAGAAGGUCAGGAGGAGGCAGUUGAGCUGCUGCUGUCACAUAAGGCAGAUGCUAACAAACCAGGAAGAACUGGACUUCUGCCUCUGCACAUGGCUGCAAAGAACGGCAACGAAGCGAUGGCGUCACUGUUGAUCCCAAAGACCAGUCGGACUUGUGUGCGGCGCAGCGGUAUCAGUCCCCUGCACUUUGCCGCCGAAAGGAACAGAGACGAAGUUCUGGAGAUGCUCCUGAAAGCAGGCUAUGAAGUGAAUGCGUUGCUGAGCGAUGAGCGCAGCACCCUGUAUGAGGACCGCCGCCGCUCUGUGCUCUACUUCAGCGUCGCUAAUGUGAACAUACAUGCUGUGCGCCUUCUGCUGUCGCACGGAGCCAAGACUGACCUGGAUACUCUUCCUCCGCUGGCUGUGGCAGCACGGCAGGGCGCGCUGCAGACAGUAAACCUGUUGCUGGAACACGGGGCGCAGGUGAACGUGAGCGUGCCGGGUCUCACCACGUCUUUCCCUCCUCUCAUCAUGUUCACUGCCCGCGAUCCACUACUACUCAAAGUGCUGCUGGACCACGGCCUGCAGGGGGCGCCAUGUUUCACCUGCUCCUACGGCAACAUGCCACACCCACCGCUCAGCAGCCGACCAGAGAACAACACACGCACCAUGGAGUUCUGUGAGAUGAUGUCGUCUGCAUCGGCGAGCAGGUGGGUGGGGCCUAUUGUGGACCUCCUAUUGGAUUAUGUGGGUAAUGUGACCCUUUGCUCUCGCCUGCUGGAGCACUUGGACAGUUACUCAGAGUGGAGCCUCAUCAAGAAUAAAGCAGUGCCUCCGCGGUCGCUCAUGCACUUGUGUCGGCUGAAGAUCCGCUCACUGGUGCAAAAACAGAGAUUGAAGCACCUGCUGCUGCCUCCACCGCUGCUGCGAUUCAUCCUGCACCAACUCCAAGAAGACCUGGACCCAGAGAGCAUGGACUCAUGCAACUAUGAGAUCUGCAUCUAG